AAUUUAUUAAAAAACAAUAAUAAUAGAAAAUCGUAUUUAACUAUCUUGUGCUGCAAAAAAGAACGUGCUGUAAAAUCAAUUCAACGAAAAUAUGUCGCUGACACUUUGGAAUUCGAGAUUUUCCGUAACGUUAUUGCGCCAGCACACGACGAUAUUUACGUCAGCUGCUCCAAUAACAGCUGCGCAUAGUUUACACUACAACUACACGUUCAGUACGAAUUCGAAAUCACAACAACGGAGAAAUCUAGCAACAACAACAAGUAACUAUGAUUACGAUCUGGUUGUGAUUGGUGGCGGUUCCGGUGGCUUGGCCUGCGCCAAGGAGGCUGUGGCCAAUGGCGCUCGUGUUGCCUGCCUGGACUUUGUCAAGCCGACGCCAACGGGUACCAAAUGGGGUAUUGGCGGCACCUGUGUCAAUGUCGGUUGCAUACCAAAGAAGCUGAUGCAUCAGGCUUCGCUGCUGGGCGAGUCUGUGCAUGAGGCUGCCGCUUAUGGCUGGAAUGUGGAUGAGAAGAUCAAGCCCGAUUGGAACAAACUGGUCACCUCGGUGCAAAAUCACAUCAAGUCUGUCAACUGGGUGACUCGCAUCGAUAUGCGUGACAAGAAAGUGGAGUACAUCAAUGGCUUGGGCUCCUUUGUGGACUCACACACACUGUCCGCUAAACUGAAGAGCGGCGAUCGCACAAUCACCGCCCAGACCUUUGUGAUUGCUGUGGGCGGUCGUCCACGCUACCCCAAUAUUCCCGGCGCCGUUGAGUAUGGCAUCACCAGCGAUGAUAUCUUCAGUCUGGACCACGAGCCCGGCAAGACACUUGUCGUGGGCGCUGGCUACAUCGGCCUGGAGUGCGCUGGCUUCCUGAAGGGUCUGGGCUAUGAGCCCACUGUGAUGGUCCGUUCGAUUGUGCUGCGUGGCUUCGAUCAGCAAAUGGCCGGUCUGGUUGCCGCCUCCAUGGAGGAACGUGGCAUCCCAUUCUUGCACAAAACCGUGCCUCUGUCCGUGGAGAAGCAAGCCGAUGGCCGCCUGUUGGUCAAGUACGAGAACACAGAGACUGGCGAGGUGGCCAGCGAUGUCUUCGAUACGGUGCUGUGGGCCAUUGGCCGCAAGGGUCUUGUCGAGGAUCUCAAUCUGCAGAAUGCCGGCGUCUUGGUGCAAAAGGACAAGAUUCCCGUGGACAGCGAAGAGACAACCAAUGUGCCCCACAUCUAUGCUGUUGGUGAUAUUAUCUAUGGCAAGCCCGAGCUGACCCCCGUCGCUGUGUUGGCCGGUCGCCUGCUGGCGCGUCGUCUCUACGGCGACUCUGAUCUGCGCAUGGACUAUGCCGAUGUGGCAACCACUGUGUUUACGCCCCUUGAGUAUGCCUGCGUCGGCCUGAGCGAGGAGGAUGCCGUUAAGGCGCACGGUGCCGAUGAAAUCGAAGUGUUCCACGGCUACUACAAGCCCACGGAGUUCUUCAUUCCCCAGAAAAGCGUGCGCUAUUGCUAUGUGAAGGCAGUGGCCCAACGCUCUGGCGAGCAGCGUGUCUAUGGCCUGCACUAUCUGGGCCCCGUGGCCGGUGAGGUUAUCCAGGGCUUUGCGGCCGCACUCAAGUCUGGCUUGACCAUUCCCACGCUGAUGAACACGGUGGGCAUCCACCCAACCACCGCGGAGGAGUUUACACGUCUGAGCAUCACCAAGCGCUCUGGCUUGGACCCCACACCAGCCAGCUGCUGCAGCUAAACACUUCGAGUGCCCCACCCCAUCAAUCUAAACGUAUUGUCCCUUUCUCCCCCUUCAAAAAGAACAAAACAAAAAUGAAACCAAUCAACACAGAACACAAUACUACACGACAAAGAUUGUCACCAACGAAUUAGAAGAGUUGUUGCCGUUUUUAUUUAGAUUC